ACUACACUGUCCUCAAGCUCCAGCCUUGUAUUAUAUUGAUUGAAUUAAAACAAAGAAAACAAUCUGAAGUUUUUUUUUAUUUACCGGUCCGGCCCACCUGGGACUAGAUUUCCCUCAAUGUGGCCCCUGAGCUAAAAUGAGUUUGACACCUCUGCUGUAGACACUGACCCGCUGGUACAAGACCUGCUGAUACUGGCCCCCGUAGACCCAUACCUGUAGAACCAGACCCGCCGGUUCCAGCCCCUGUAGACCUGUAGACCCAGAUCUGCUGGUUCUGGUCCUGUAGACCCAGAUCUGCUGGUUCUGGUCCCUGUAGACCCAGAUCUGCUGGUCCUGGUCCCUGUAGAACCAGACUCGCUUGUACCAGACCUUCUGAUACUGUAGACUUACCUGAUGGUUCUAGUCCCUGUAGAACCAGACCUGCUGGUACCAGACCUGCUGAUAUUGGCUCCUGUAACACCAGACCUGUAGAACCAGACCCGCUGGUUCCGGCCCCUGACGCACCAGGACGCAGCUCGUAAAACAAACGCGUUUUCCGCAUUCUUGCUUCUCCCUUCUGCUUCAUGCGCACAGUCACACACGCUCGCGGACGGAAAGCUGACGGUUCCGAAGAACCUCGGAACACCGAAUCUCACCGUAGGAUCUCACUGAUCACGGUCCAGCUUUGCUGGUUGUGGUGGGACAAUCCUUCAGAACCCAGGACAGACUGCUAAACUACUAGCAGAAGAACCAAAGAGACUCGUUUGAGAAACCAUGGCUGUCUUCAAGCCAGAAAAUGUGGAGGACUUCUAUGAGAUCGAAGAUGUUCUGGGAAGUGGACACUUUGGUCAGGUCCGAAGGGUGCGCGAGAGGACAUCCGGGACCUGUUGGGCAGGAAAGUUCCUAAAGAUCCGUAAAAAUGCCUGCAGCCGCAUGGGACUGGACCGAGUCAGUGUGGAGCGAGAGGUGGAGAUCCUCCAGGCAGUACAACACCCAAACAUCGUGGCCCUCAAAGACGUGUUUGAGAGCCGAUCAGAGGUGGUCCUCAUCAUAGAGCUAGUCAGUGGAGGGGAGUUGUUUGACUUCAUUGCUGCGAAGGAGAACCUGUUGGAGAUCGAAGCCAUUGAGUUCCUAAAGCAGAUCCUGGAGGGACUGAAGUUCAUCCACAGUAGGAACAUCGCUCACUUUGACCUGAAGCCAGAAAACAUCAUGCUGUCAGACAACAUGUCGCCACACCCCAACAUCAAACUUAUCGACUUUGGCCUGGCUCACCACUUCUCUCCUGGGGAGGAGUACAGGAGCACUAGUGGAACUCCCCAGUACAUUGCACCAGAGGUGAUUAACUCUGAACCGCUCAGCCCAGCAGCAGACAUGUGGAGCAUCGGCGUCAUUACCUACAUACUACUCAGCGGUUUGUCUCCAUUUCAAGGUGAUACUGAUGAAGAAACUCUGAAGAACAUCCUGGCCCUAAGUUAUGAGUUUAACAGACAGUACUUUGACUCUACUAGUGCCAUGGCCAAAGACUUUGUCACAAAGCUUUUGGUGAAAAAUCCCAGUGAGAGAAUGACUGCUGAGGACUGUCUGCAACAUCCAUGGAUAAAGCCCAUCACUCGCAUUCAAGCAGUCCACAGGCAUCGAUCCUCAAUCAACAUAAAGAACUUCAAGAGAUUUAAUGCCAGAAGGAAAUGGAAGAUGUCUUACAACAUGGUGUGGAUGUGUAACCGGUUUGUCAACCUGAAGCUCCUUUGUAAAGGCAGCACUGAUCCAGAUCCUUUACAGAGAGACUGUGAAAGUGAUGUAGAGGAUUUGGACAGCAAACCUGCAUCUCUGCUGCGCCGAAGACUCAGCAGUUCAUAAAGGAGGCCUGAGGAGGACGAAGAAGUGGAGAUGUUCAACUGCGUAUUACUGAAGAGAGCUACUCUGUUACAGCGUUCCACCCACACAGCGCUCUCUGAGACUCACUUGGUGAAGACUUUGGGACACUUCAGACACGUCUCAGUUCACAUGGUCUCAUUAACACAAAAUGACCUAUAAACAUUAAAUCUAUUUUUAAAUUAAUUUUUUGUAUGCAUGAAUUUUGGGUUACUAUUUUGACUUUAAUGUCACAUGACACAUAAGAUAAAUGAUGUUAGACGUAUGACUCAUCACCAGAUGAGUCCAGAUAGAAGAUUAGCGUGAGCCAUCAGCUGAUAAUCUGGUCGAUCAGACUGCUUCAGACUUUAGGUUAACUGGGAGGAUGUCAGUGUGUAAGAGGCAGAACACAAUCAGUAACACUACGUUUACCUUGCAUCAUGUGUGCUUCAGCAGAUUCUGAACCAUCUUUGGUUUUCACAUUUUUAUGUUCUCAAAACAUUUAUGAAAGAGUAGAUUUUGGUUCCAGUUAUUUAAACUGACACAUUUCAGCAAAAUCAUCUGUUUUGGGCAGAGACUGCCCAGGUCGGUCCUCAGAUGUGAAGUGUGUUUUUUUUUAAGCUUUAUGUAAUACAGUGAAUGUGUUUUACUUUGUUUGCCUUUGAAGCUUCUGUCGUGAGUUAUUUCAAUCUGAACAUAAAUAUAUGUACUCGUAUGUCUUUUAUUAAAAAGUCCUAACUGCUUCA